AUGGGACAUUCUACUGAGGCGGCGGCACCCUAUAAGUCCGAGAGGGGCGCUAGUGGCGUCUACGUUAGAGAGCAUGGCCUGGGGCCUGUGUGGCGGGGCGUGCCCUCUUCCGCCCCCACAACGCACACUGGUUGGCUCUCAGCAGACGAAGAGACACUUCAGUACACAACGCCUUCAGACGAUACAAAUAUUCUUCACGGGAGCCCUCCAAGGGUUCCCAGCGUAGCAUACGGGGGCCACUUGUCGGCGCCCUACUGGAAAGUGCCCAAUGCGUGGCCUGUCGGCAGCCCCGACUCAGUCACUGUUACCAACGAAACAGCGUUGCACAGUGGCCAGAAGACUCGACCGGGGGCCUCCGCUGAGCCUGUUAAGGGCAGCCGCAAGAGGCUGAAGCGCCUGCUGCUUCUGGGGAUCAUUUCUCUGUGGGCGUUCCUGGCCGCCUCUUCGGCGAGGAACAGGCUGCUGCAGCGCAAGGACAGGAGCCGCCUCAAAGGCGUGGAAUUAGUGGAAGCAGCAACAGGAGCAGAAGAUGCAGCCCCCCCGUCGCCAACAGCAGCGUCGCUCGAGGCAGAGGAGGCGUCUUCGCUGAGUGUGAACACCCCCAAAGAGCACAGCAAACCUUCCAAAGCCAAGCCAAAGCUUAAGCUGGCUCUGCAGCCCGGAGUCGAACCGCUCCCGUCAGGGCCCCUGCGGAAGUUCAAGGGGCCCCAAGGGGGCCCCCGAACCGCUUCUGGAAUUCCCGUUGCCCACGUGGGCCCCAUGCCUCACGUCUCCAACUUGGUCGCAGAGCCCCCCUCCACAGCGAGGCCAGAGGAACUCCCCCUGGAUAUAGCCUGCGACGCGUCUAGCCUUGACCAGUACGAGAGAGAAGUGGGCAAGAACCUAGACAAGCUGGACAAGAUCUGGCGCGGGGUCUCGGAGACCACCCGCAUGGCUUUCUCGAAGCACUUCUUGCCAGUGGUCGAGCCUGGAGUGGUGCUGCCUGCACCAGUGGCUCUGUUCCAGAGGCACGCGGAGGCCCUCAGCGCAAUUCGCAGGCCCAAGGAGGCAGACAGUGCAUCCGAAAAGAAAAUGUACGCCUUCAGGCUGCAGCUGCUGAACACUCUCUACACCGCAGCUGGCCGCCGCCUGCUGUCCCUCUCUGCCCUCGAGACCUUUUGCAAAAUGACGGGCGUGGGCUCUGAGCUGCUCGGCCUGGAGGCCGAGCCCCUGAUCCGCAGCACGCGCAGCAGCUGGGGCAGCAUCAGCAGCAGCAGCAGCAAAGCUGGGGAAGGCGCUGGGGCGGACGAGGCACCCGUCUCUUUCGAAGGAUUUGUCAAGCUCCUUGCAGGCCGCCCCACCAGCAUGAUAGAGAGGGAACCCGAAAGCAAAACAGAUGAGGGGCUCAGUGCUUCGGAGACUGAGGCAGGGGAAACACCAGUGGUGCCGAAACACCUGGCAGUGCGCCUCGCAAACGUGCUGCGGCGCGAGGACCUUUUUGUUGCUCAGGAGCUGAUGAACGUGAGCAUAUUCCGAGCUUUGCUUGACAGGCUCGACGAGCGGCUGCUGAGCCAACAAGGGGGCAAAAGAGAGGCCUGGAUUGUGCCCAUGUCCCCAGGGCGCCGGCCGUUCCAUACAGACUUGUUCAGCGACACGGUGUUGUCUUUCGACAAUUGGGCUAGGCAACAGGUGCUGCCUCCAGAGGUGGUGGGCAGCUGGAACGAGAGAUGGACCGAGAGCGGGGUGCGGGCGCUGCUGCAUUCGUUUGAACAAAAAGAGAGGAAACGGAUAGAAGAGAGACAAAGCAUGAAACAUGUGGCAGCGGGCCUCGACACCACCCCAGGCAACGUCGCGCCGCUCUACGACCUCUACACCCUGGCCAUAUCGCUCCUCUAA